CAUUCACUGAAUUUUAAAAUAUUUCUAUUUAUUCAUAACAAUAUAAAAUGUUAUUUUUUAAAUUUAUGAUGAUAUAAAUUAUGAAAUAUUAACAUAUGGUGCAUAAAUGAUAUAAACUAUUCUCUCACUAUAUUGGGAUUAAAGUAUUAGCAGUUUAUAGGCUCAGGUAUGCCUAUCACCAUUUCCACGUUCGAAAAAAAAACUUUGCAUCGCCAUUAUAACAUGAUAACUCUCUUCGUAAAAUGUUAAUAAUUAUUUUAUUGCGAUUGUCCGAACGAUUCUUUUCAAUACCCUUCCAUAACCACGUUUGCUAAUUGGCACUCCUCGUAUUUUGUCACCCGACUCCACCGCGAAAAUAAAUUAUUUUGAUGAUGUGAUUUUUAUUACAGCUAUAUUUAUUCUAAUGGAAAAGACUUCAUCGGCUUAUAGACCUGAUAUUCUAAAACAAAGUUCAUAUGAAUCAAACUACAGCCAUCCUUCCACCGAUUAUUCACAAGACGAAGAUAGAGAACUGUCGAGGAGAGAAUCCGAAAAUCAGGCACUUCAACAGCUGGAAAAGGCUAAAACCAAAGGAGUAGCGUUCGCUGUUCGCACUAACGUUGGAUACGAUGCAUCCUUUGAAGAUGACUGUCCUUUGCAAGGAUAUGCCGUUAUAUUUCACCCCAAAGAAUUCUUGCACAUAAAAGAAAAAUACAACAAUGAUUGGUGGAUAGGGAGGUUGGUGAAAGAAAAUUCGGAAUUAGGUUUUAUUCCCAGCCCGGUCAAAAUCGAAUCGCUUAGGGUCCAACAGCAGCAACAGUUUCAACAAAACACUAGUCUCAGUACUAACAUAGGCUCUACUUCCAAUGUGCAUUCGAUUAAAGCUAACAACCUCAAUCAUCAAACUAACAACGCUAAAUACGGUUCUUCUAGUCUAAUGGUAAACUCCGCCUCAAAUAUUGGUGCUUCACAACAGGAUCAUCCAUUUAAGUCGACUUCCAAUUCAAGAGGUUCAACUCCACCAACACCUGGCGCGGCUCUAAGUUCUAGCGAGGGAAUGGCUCAAGAAUUCGGCGUGAUAUCUCGUCCAAUUUUAAGCCGUCAACAGUCUUCCCAAAAAGAGGAAGACCCUUUAAAUCCAGCUAACAAACUAGCAAAUCUCGUUAGGGAAAAGAGAAAACCUUUCUUUAAAAAGCCCGAAAAUAUACCUCCUUACGAUGUAGUGCCUUCUAUGAGACCCAUAGUCCUAGUCGGUCCUUCGCUUAAAGGUUACGAAGUAACAGACAUGAUGCAAAAAGCUCUCUUCGAUUAUCUCAAAAAACGGUUUGAAGGAAGAAUUAUAAUAACGAGAGUUAGUGUGGAUAUAUCAUUGGCUAAACGUUCCGUUUUAAAUAAUCCUUCCAAAAGGGCUAUUAUCGACAGAACAUCAUCGGCCAACAAAACUUCUACAACAUUAGCCGAAAUUCAAGCGGAAAUCGAACGUAUAUUUGAACUAGCGCGAAAUUUACAGUUAGUAGUUCUAGAUUGUGAUACAAUUAAUCAUCCCUCUCAAUUAGCGAAAACAUCAUUGGCUCCUAUCAUUGUAUAUGUUAAAAUAUCUUCCCAAAAAGUAUUAACUCGCCUCAUUAAAUCUCGGGGAAAAUCGCAAUCGCGAAACUUAAACGUUCAAUUAGUUACUGCCGAGAAACUUUCUCAAUGUUCUACGGAAAUGUUUGACGUGAUCCUAGAAGAGAAUCAAUUGGAGGAAGCUUGCGAGCACUUGUCAGAAGUUCUCGAAUCAUACUGGCGAGCCACUCACCCACUCUCCUCACACAAUCUCUCUGUCAUCGAGCCCGCAAACGAACCAUCCGCUUCGCGCCUUUUUAACAGACUAUCUCUUCUUUCGCGCACUUCUUCUUCCCGCGCUUCCUUUCGCCCCCGCCGAUCUUUUAAUGCAUCCGCUUCAGCCAGAGUGACCGGCGGACGUCGCCUACCCGAACCGCGUGAGUUCGACCGAAGUGAGCGUUCUAGAAGGAGCGCGCGCGCGGAACUCGUUACCACCAGCGCCAGUCACGAUUUUGAUCAAUCCCCUAUAACCGAAAAGGCUUCCACUGCUGCAAGGAAUCAAGUAUGUGAGGAAUCUUCAUCUUCUUCGUCGGGAGUCGGAGAAGUAGACACCUACCAAAAUCGCCACUGAUUAUUCGCCGUAUACAUACUAUUUUUCAUUAGAAGAGAAUUGUUGAUUUUUAGGCCACACGCUACGUUUUUUAUCAUAUAUAAUGUAUAUCGGAAUUUUCGCUUCAAAUAUUGUCAUUAGAAAGUAGUUUAAUUAUAUAUUCAUAAUUUACGAUAAUAUUUUGGAAGCAUGAAAAAGAUUGUUUUGAUGUAAAAAGAAAUUGAGACAUUGUAUUACGAUUAACUUUUUUACUUUUGUAAAAAAAAAUACGAUGAUUCUUUUAGGUACAAGAUAAUGUUUAUCAUUUCUGCCCCCCCCCUCCUCCCCCAUUUAACGUUAUUUAUGUUUUGUGAUAACGAAAUAAAAUACACAAUACUGAGACCUCAAUAAUUUUGUUUGGCGAUCAAAUUUACCUUCGUGCUAAUUAUUAAGAGAAUUAUUUUUUUAAAUAUCUUAUCUUCACGUAAUGAUGAAACAUUUUUAUAGCAUAAUUCUUCCAAAUUAUAUGUAUAUUAUUACAUUUUAAUCAUGAUAUUAUAUAAAAUGUCCUUUUACUAAAGCGUUGAAUUAUCAUGUUUAAUUACUUUCCAUAGAUUUUUUACAACAAUCAAUGUUUUUAUGACUAGAAUAUCAUUUAAAUAAUAUUAUUACUGCAUUUUUUAAGGGGUAUAUUAUUAUUUUAUAUUAACCUAUCAAUAUUUAAAAUAUAAUACAUACCCAUUAUAAAGGCCAUAUAAUAUUCUGAUAUUUUAUUAUAAAUAUACAUUAUCUAACACAAGUCUCAGAAUCUAUGCAUCGAUCAAGUUUAGAAAUAAUAUUCAUCUAAUUAUAUCAACAUAAUUAUUUUCAGAUGAUUUUAAUAGUUGAUUUUGAAUUGUUAUAAUAUUAUAUUCAUCUUAAAACCCUUUAAUUUCUUAGGAGAUAUUUUAAAAUU